AUGUCAAAUAUCAGCGUUCACUGGGAAGCACGGAUUCUUCCAGCGGGACCACCACGCCUGCUUGGAUGGAACGUUCCUCCCGAAGAGCUGAUACAUAUACCUGAGCAUUGGCUAGUCUACCCAGAGCCAAACCCCUCCCUUCACUACCUACUGGCUCUCCUUUAUAUCUUGUUCACUUUUGUCGCUCUUCUCGGCAAUGGACUGGUGAUAUGGAUCUUCUGUUCGGCCAAGUCACUCAGGACUCCGUCGAACAUGUUUGUAGUGAACCUUGCAUUGUGCGACUUUUUCAUGAUGCUGAAGACUCCUAUUUUCAUUUACAAUUCUUUCAACACUGGAUUCGCUUUGGGCAAUCUGGGCUGCCAAAUAUUUGGCUUCAUUGGUUCCUUAUCAGGCAUUGGAGCAUCUAUGACUAAUGCUGCAAUUGCUUACGACAGAUACAGCACCAUAGCUCAUCCAUUGGAUGGUAAAUUGUCACGCGGACAAGUGAUGCUCUUCAUAGCAGUGAUAUGGCUCUACGUUUUACCCUGGGCAUUAAUGCCUCUCAUGGGGGUAUGGGGAAGAUUUGUUCCCGAAGGUUUUCUGACCAGUUGUAGUUUCGAUUAUCUCACCGACACCAACGAAAUACGUUACUUUGUCGCGACGAUUUUCACAUUCUCAUACGCAAUUCCAAUGUCUCUGAUAAUCUAUUACUACAGUCAAAUCGUUAGCCAUGUGGUAAACCACGAAAAAGCGUUACGUGAACAGGCCAAGAAGAUGAAUGUUGACAGUCUAAGGAGCAACACAAAUGCCAAUGCGCAAAGCGCCGAAGUUCGCAUUGCAAAGGCUGCAAUAACAAUUUGCUUCCUUUUCGUCUCUGCCUGGACACCUUAUGGUGUAACUGCGUUAAUUGGAGCGUUUGGGAACAGAACAUUGUUAACACCGGGAGUAACAAUGCUCCCUGCAUGUGCCUGCAAAUUCGUUGCUUGUCUUGACCCCUACGUUUACGCUAUAAGCCAUCCUAGAUACAGACUGGAGCUGCAAAAACGAUUGCCAUGGCUAGAACUACAGGAACAGCCAGUCAAUGACAGCCAUAGUACGACAACGGAAGCUGUGAACGCACCGCCGGCAACUAGUUAAGUCAGAUUUCUCUGACUCAUAUUUAUUUCAACCUUAAUCCUCAAUUGGCGACGUGGGCGAAUUUUGACCUAAAUGUAUCGUAUUUUAGUUGAGGAUUAGUGUAUGGCAUUUAACGGUAAAAAUCGACCAGUUGGCGCAUCAAAGGAUGAUGAAAUCGGAUUCGUUAUUUAUAUAUAUUGUGUAUUUUAUUCUAUCCACUGUGACAAAAUACUUGUGUAUUUAUUGUUUACAGUAUUAGUUUCACGUACACACGAUUAUUGAUAGCUGUCAUUGAUUUGUCGAGAUACGGACUGACGAUGAUUGUUGCGAAAACUGUGUCUGUUGGUUGUACGUUGUAAAUGAAGGGUGUUGAUAACGUCACUCGGUAGGCAGUAUCAAUAUAUCACCACUCCUUACACUAUAUCACGAAAUCCGAUAAUUUGUCCAUUAUAUUGUAAUUACAUAAGUCUAAUAAAUAAGAGCAUUAUGUAUGUUUCGUUUGAACUAGGUCUAAAGCAUGUACUUUCAGGUACGAAAGAUAGUAAUAAUUUUUAUGUGUGUAUUAAUUUGUUGAUUUCUAAUAGUUUAAUAACAUUUAUCAGUAUUGUCGUAUCAUACAAAAUGUAUAAUAAAAAAUUCCUGAGCAUUUUAA